AUGGCUGAGGGGACAGAUUCAGAGUUUUCAAUUUGUAAAGACAGCUUACAUGACAGAAAUGUAGAUUUACAAUCAGAUUGCGUUUGUGACGAUAUUCAUGUGAAUAUUCCAACUUCUGAAUUUUCAAAAGGAUGUACACUAGAAGAAAGGUUUGAAAAACUACCUAUUUUCAACGAACCGGUUCGCCUAAUACACACCGAUUCCUGUGGAAAACUUACAGUUGACGAAAGUGUACUUUCGCAACUUAGUCUCAUAGAUGUUCCGUUAAAUGUUGUUGCUGUAUGUGGCUUGUAUAGGACUGGAAAAUCCUAUUUGAUGAAUCGUCUUGCUGGUGCAAGAACAGGAUUUUCACUUGGUGCUACGACCAAAUCACACACCAAAGGUAUCUGGGCUUGGUGCAAAAUACAUCCGACUCAAGAUGAACAAGUUUUACUCUUGUUAGAUACUGAAGGAUUAGCAGACAUCAAAAAGGGAGAUACUAACCACGACAAUCAUUUAUUCGGCCUUGCACUUUUGCUGUCGAGUACAUUGAUAUACAACAUGAUUGGAGUUUUUAACCAGGAAGCUUUAGAAAAGCUAACAUUCAUUACAAGACUGUCAACGGAAGUCCAGGUUAUGGGUGAUCGCCGAAGCGGUAUGAGUGAUGAUAGUCUAAUCUGUGCUAUUUCACCAUUUUUCAUCUUGUGUUUGAGAGACUUUUUUCUAGAUAUUGAAGUCGAAGAUGAUGAUAAGCAGCCAAGUCCCGACGAAUAUUUCGAACAUUGCCUUGAGACAGAUAGUCAUGCAGGAUGCGAAUCAUACAACAUGACUAGAGAAGGCAUUGCAAAAUACUUCCCAAACAGAAAAUGCUUCACGUUAUCCCAACCCGCUCUUAAGAAAAAGCUAAAACAGAUAGAGGAAUUAGAUGACAAAGACCUAGAUGAAGACUUUGUCUCUGAAGUGGAUGAAAUGCGAGACUUUGUAUAUGAACAGAAACAUAAAUAUCUGGAUGCGGUAACCGGUAUUCCUGUUAACGGUUCUGUAUUUGCCUCGAUAACAUCGACGUACGUUGAAACACUAAGGGGAGGCUCGCCACUUACUUAUCAAGAUGCAUUUGCACAAGUCGCAUUUCGCCACAACAGCAACCUUGUUGAAACAUUAGUUCAAGAGUUCAGUAAGGAUAUGGACGAACUGAAACUUCCAGUUAAACGUAAACUGGUUUUACAGGACAAGUAUGGCUACCAACAGAAUAAAACACUAUCAAAAUUCAGGCAGGACGCUUACCCGUAUUGCCAAGAGGAUUUUGAGGAACAAAUCAUGGUAAUGUAG